AUGUGGAAACCGAUGAUUUUGGACGUCGAGUGCAUCGUUUGCAACAAAUCGUUGCAAAAGAUUAACCACAUUCCAAGUGAAGUACCGGUCAAGAUGAGGAAAAUAACGAGUCGUCGGUGCCGAACACCCAAUUGGUCACUUGAUGAAAAACAAUUUCUGCUGGAGUUAAUUAAGGAACGUAAAGAAGUAAUUGUAACUAAAAGCAACAACGGGCCUAACCAUUCCGAAGAAAAGGACGUUGCUUGGAACGAGAUUUUAAAAGAGCUAACAAAAAAAUUUGGUAACAAGUUUUCGGAUAGUUCAAUUAAAAAAGUAAAAACGCAGUGGCAAAACAUGAAACGCAUAGCUCGAGAAGAAAUGUCGCUUAGCGGUUCAGAUAUUCAAAAGUAUACGCGGCAAUCUUUAGAGGUGUGCAAUAUACUAGAACUGGUUAAAGAUGGAAUUUUAAGAAAAGAUGAUGAAUCCAACGAAACAGAACUUAAUACAAAUGUCGAAAUUAAAGCAGAAUGUCUAGACGAAGAUAUGCUGCAGCCUAGUGGUAAUGAAGAAGGCAUGUUCCCCUUUGAUCAGAGUCAACAAGAUAAAACAACCAACUCUACAUUUGAAUCAUCUUCAUCAUCUACAUCUGAACAAAUGUCUGAAGUGGUUGAGCCAGAAAGUCCUGAGAUAAAUAUGGAAAAUAUUUCUACCACAAAUAAAAGUGUUGAUGCAAUGACAGACAUGUCUCUUAUGGAUAGAUUUAAUAUUAACCCGUUGCACUCAGAGCUACAAAACUUUUUCAAAUAUUCCACAACUGAGAAGCAACUCAAAUUAGAAACUUUAAAAGAGGAGCGGCAAGUUGUCAGGGCAAUGAGAGAGGCUGCUGAAUUGAAUAAAAUAAUUGCAGAGCAGAAACUUAAACAUAUACUAUGGGUAAAAAAAAUUGAAACAGGGCCUGCAAUUACUACUUUAAGAAUGUAUUCUGGUGAGCCUGGUUCUGGAGCUGGUAAAGGUGGUGGAACUGGUGGUGCAAUUCGUGAUGCUGGUGGCUCAUUUGGAAAAAUGCAAGCAGCUAGGGAGGAUGAAUACUUUUAUAAGAAGCAAAAGGAGCAAAUUGCGAGCAUGAAGGGUAUGAUAGACCAAGAAGUUGCCUUCCACAAAGACCAGAUCAAGCGCCACGAAGAUGCCAUUCGUCGUCAUCUAGAACAGAAAGAUAAACUGGAAGAAAAC